AUGGCGGCGGCGGCGGCGGGCCUCCCAGCUGGGAAGGGGCGCGACAUUAGCCUGGCGGCCUUGCGGCGCCACGACCCCUACAUCAGCCGCAUCGUGGACGUGGCCAGCCAGGUGGCCCUGGACACCUUCGGCCACCGGGCCAACGAGUGGGAAAAGACUGAUGUGGAAGGGACCUUAUUUGUUUACACAAGGUCUGCUUCUCCGAAACACGGCUUCACCAUCAUGAACAGGCUGAGCAUGGAGAAUAGGACAGAGCCCAUCACGAAAGACCUGGAUUUCCAGCUCCAGGACCCCUUCCUUCUCUACAGAAAUGCCAGAUUGUCCAUUUAUGGAAUUUGGUUUUACGACAAGGAAGAAUGCCAAAGAAUUGCAGAGCUUAUGAAAAACCUCACUCAGUACGAACAGUUGAAAGCGCACCAUGGAGCGGGGGCGGCAGUGGGAGCGUUCCCCGUGGGCCUCGGCUCGGGAGAGCGCAAGGAGGUGGACAUCUUACGGAUGCUCACCAAGGCCAGAGACGAAUACACAAAGUGUAAAGCCUGUCCUGAGCCCAAACAGAUCAGCAGCUCGUCCGCCAUCUACGACAACCCCAAUCUCAUCAAGCCGAUUCCAGUGAAGCCCAGUGGGAGCCGGCAGCAGCGCGGCCCUCGGCCCGGCCAGACCUUAGACCCUGAACCCCAACACCUGUCCUUGACGGCUCUCUUCGGGAAGCUGGAGAAAGCUACGUGUCACGAGGCCGCGGGGCCUCCAAAGACCCUCCAGCAGCAGCAGCAAGAGAAGCUUCCGAUUCGGCAGAGGGUCGUCCGCUCCCUGUCCUACGAGGAGCCCCGGAGAUGCUCGCCCCCUGUCGAAAAGCAGCUCUGCCCCGCCAUUCAGAAGCUCCUGGUCGGGAGCGCGGACCUGCAGCCGCUGGCAGAGCUGCCCGAGAGCCGGCCUCGUAGAGACGCCGCCCAGCCAGGGUCUCCCCGCGGCUCCGAGGUCUCCCGCCGCGCGCACGGUGCCCCCAGGACUCAGAACCUGCCGGACCAGCUCCAGAGCAUCCCUGGGGCGCCGGCACCAGACGCCUCGGCCGAGACGCCGGGGCCCCAGGCACUCCCGAGGCCAGCGCCCCCCGGCCCUGGGCCCGGCUGUCAGCCCCUGGGGCCCAGCGAGGUCUCCCCGCGGGAGCUGCUGUGGAAGCUCCAGGCGGUGCAACAGGAGCGGCAGUUGCCGGCGCCCGGCCGCCCAGCCCUGGCGGCCAAGUUCCCCGUGGCCACCCCGAGCGCCGGAGCACGGAACCCCCUGGAGUCCUGGAGGGACCAGAUCCCCAGCGCGGAGCAGCAGGCUCCCCGCCUUCAGGUCCUCUCGUCCCGGCGCGCCCCGCCCGCCGCGGGCCCAUCUCCGCUCAUGUCGCCACUGGCGUUCGCGCAGCCCCCCUGGGCCCCACCGCCAGAGAGGGGCAGCGGGCUCUUGCCCCCGGGAAGCCAGGACCCAGCGGCCACCCCCAGCGGCCCCCUCCUACCCCUGCGGACGCCGGAGCCCCCCAGGACGCCGGGCAGUGCCCUGACGAAGCCGCAGCUCCAGGAGGCCCUGCUGCACCUCAUCCAGAAUGACGACAACUUCUUAAACAUAAUCUACGAAGCUUAUCUCUUCAGCAUGACACAAGCGGCCAUGAAAAAGACUCUGUGA